GGUCGCCAUUUUCUGUUCUACUUCCUGGGUGCAUUGGGGGGAAGGGAGCUGUGGGGGUGGGUUCGAAAUGGUUCACGAGGUUCUUUUUCAGAAGAAACGGUCAUGACGUCCCGGGAUCGAGUGCAAUCGGAUUUGCUUGCGGUGCAGUGAUUGAAGUGUGGGCUGUGGCUUCCUGCAAAUUAACGGAUAUUGGCUGUGGUUGAGUAAUCGGGGUUAAUGAGUCCGGAAAUAACCUAUAGGAUGGAUACGGAAAGGAUCAAAGUGAUGUUUCAACUGAAGUGAUGUCCUGUGAAAGUUGUGGGCUAAUAAAAUUGUGCAGAAAUGAUGAAUAACGUGAAAGUGUGAGCACUUUGAUGUAAUUUGUAGGAUUAUCACAUUACCACUCAGGAUACUAGCUGCUGAAGCUGCAAUAGAAUAUCACAAUCAAUCCGAAACCCAGCUAAAAUGGCGUAACCUACUGCUGCUGCUCAUCGUUCCACCUGAAAUAAUUUUCCCCUCUUCGGAAAAACUGUAGCCGUAGCUAACUGUGGAGGGGAGCACCGGGGAGCUCCUUCGAAGGUCCUACCGUUAAUUCACGACUGCUCCUGCCUGCCUGCGAAUCCCCUUCCAAAAUGGCUGCCUUCGCUGCCGGGCUCAAGGGCCGUGCUGCCGGCGUGUUCAGCGGAUAACCGCCCAACAGUAGAACAUCCCUGUAGUUUGUAGCAAACACACACACACUGACACAAGUAGUAGUUGUCCUCAAGUGUAAACACUAAAGUGCCUGUAAUUAAAAUCCCUACUAGAGUAGCGUAACACACUUUCAACAAUGCGGCACAUGGGCUUCGAAAAGUUCGAGAUGCCAAAGCGCGGCUAUGACGAGAUGGACGGCAACACCGGAGGUGGAGGAGGAGGCGGCUAUGACGAUGACGGCGGUGGGGGCGGCUUGCCCGAAUCGCCCAUGUCCUUCGAGGAAAUCGAACGGCCACCGUUGCGCCACGUGGACAAAUACGUCCGGGCGGAAUGUCCCUGCAUCAAGACGACGCGCUUCACGAUAGCCCUGAUGACCUGUCUGGGGUUCAUCAUUUCGUUCGGCAUGCGCUGCAACAUGGGCAUGGCCAAGCUGCAGUUUGAGAACGGGGAAGUCAAAUACAACUGGACCGUGGCCAUGGAGAGCGCCGUCGAUUCGUCCUUCUUCUGGGGCUACCUGGUGACGCAAGUGCCCGGUGGAUUCCUGGCCUCGAUGUACCCAGCGAACCGCAUCUUCGGCACAGCCAUCGCCUGUUCGUCCUUUCUGAACCUGUUGGUCCCAGGUGCCAUGAUGCUGCAUCCGACGGUAGUCAUCCUGGUGCGCGUACUGCAAGGAUUGGUUGAGGGUGUAACGUACCCCGCCUGUCACGGUAUCUGGCGCUUCUGGGCCCCACCACUGGAGCGAUCCCGGCUGGCCACGAUGGCCUUCAGCGGGUCGUACGCCGGCGUCGUGAUAGGAAUGCCCAUGUCCGGCAUCCUGACCGGGUGGAUCAGCUGGCACGCGCCGUUCUACUUCUACGGCCUCAUGGGGUGCCUGUGGUACUGCUUCUGGCUGUGGCUAUCGUUCGAGAAGCCGCGGCAACACCCCACCAUCACCGUGAAGGAGCUGAAAUACAUCGAAAAGUCCCUCGGGGAGUCGGUCCAGCUGCCGAUGCCGACGAUCGCGACGACGCCGUGGCGUGCGAUGGCCACCUCGAUGCCGGUGUACGCCAUCAUUGUGGCCAACUUUUGCCGCUCGUGGAACUUCUACCUGCUCGUGCUGUACCAAAGUGCAUAUCUUAAGCAUUCGUUUGAUUUCAAAAUUGAAGAGACUGGUAUCCUAGGAGCACUGCCACAUCUGCUGAUGACCAUAAUCGUCCCGUUCGGUGGAAUGCUGGCGGAUUACCUGCGAAGGUCCGGCAUCAUGACAACGACCAACGUGCGGAAGCUGUUCAACUGCGGAGGGUUCGGCCUCGAAGGUCUGUUCUUCCUGGUGGUGGCCCACGUCACAAGUCCCAUGGGUGCCGUGACGGCCCUCACGCUGGGUGUCGCCUUCAGCGGGUUCGCCAUCUCCGGAUACAACGUGAACCACCUGGAUAUUGCGCCCCGGUACGCCAGUAUCCUGAUGGGUAUGUCCAACGGCAUUGGAACCAUCGCCGGGCUGAUUUGCCCCAUCGCGAUUGAUCAUCUGACGAGAGGGCAGCCCAAAUCCUGCUGGUCCACGGUGUUCACGAUAGCGGCCUGCGUCCAUCUGGUGGGCAUCACGUUCUACGGCAUCUUCGCGUCCGGUGAGCUGCAACCGUGGGCCGAACCGACGCUGGAGGAGCAAAAGGCGUGGGACCCGGUGGCCAGCGGGUACGAAAAGGAGACCACGUUCAACGACCCGAACGGGACGGCCGGAGCCGGGAUGGGGCCAGGAGCUGGCCCGGACGGAGCCGGCGCUCCCAUGCACGACCCCUCCAAAACGGUCAGCUACGGGGCGGUGACGCACGUGGCCAACAACCCGUUCGCGUACCCCCAGGUGGUGGACGAACCGGUCCAGCCGGAAGCCCGGGACGCUUACUUACACGGCAAUCCGGCCGAGCGCACGUAUUGACCUGCUCGGCUCAAGAAAACCGUAACGUUUAGCUCGAACUACUAACUUAGACUUAGGAAGAGGAGACUCUGGCUGUUUCUUUGUGUACGUUAAGAGAGGUUCAACUGACUUUGCUUCGUUUAUUGUGAUCUUAGGUAGAACGGACACACUUUCGGCAGUGCAGUUUUCUCCCUUUUCCCUGUGUGGAAAAUUAAAACAUGAGAGAGAGAGAGAGUAACAAUAACCUAUGGCAGUAUUUGAGGUUAAAUAAAUAUCAUCAAAACUAUACUAAUUUAACUCUAGUGACGAAGAGUACUUAGGAGGAAUCGUGGUAAGGAAGGAAAAUUAACCCUGCUUAAGCAAUUAAAAACUUAGAUAGUACUAACAAAUAAUGAGCAACUGAAAUUGACAGCAAAAUUAUUUUAGGGCGCAGAUCAAAUCAAAUUUAUAAACUAUCUCUUAAUGUUAGCAGCACUCAACGUAUCGAAGUCACAUGAAAUAACUAACAAGUAAUGAAAAACAAACAAAACUGUACAUAAACUUAUGUAAGAAUAGUAGCAAAACAUUAAAAAAAAGCAUUCGUUAAUAACAAGCACCCAAAAGUUGCUUCACGAAGGGCGGAUUAUAUCAAAAAAGUUAAGAGCAAACAUAACCUAACUGUGUACAUUAACGUCAGCGUGUGCGUGUUCCAAACAAACAAAAGGUUCAAACGCGACUGACCGUGGACUGUAGCCGAUCGUUUCCCCGAAAAGUGUUAGUUGACCAUAAAAAAACCCCACUACAAAACAAAUAGCCAGAUGAAAAUGUUCAAUAGCCCAACCAGGAAAUCCAACACUAAACGAUAAAAAGCGUAGUGAAAUCAGCGUGUGGUGAAUCUGACUUCCCACGUACGAUUCCGUUCUGUAAAAAGGUAUUUCUUUCAACUAAAAGAGUCAAUUUCAAGCAUGUACACUAAAACUACACAAACACAUAGUAAACAAAAACUUGAAGGAAAACGAUUAAUAUGCAACUCCUAGUUCGAUUUAUUAUGAUGAAUUCUGUAACACGACUCAUUCUCAAUUUCAAACUCAAUCGGUUUUUAUAAACACGAGCAAAAUUUUAUCACAGAUAACAGACGUCAACAAAAGUGUAGUGGUACACAGAUGAAAUAAAUGAAUCAAACUUCGAGUUGAAAAAUUGAAUUUACCUCUGCUUCAUGUGAUUUUACUGGAAUUAUCGGGUAAAAUUAAAUGUUAUAGAUAAUUUAUCUUUCACCAGUUACAUCAGAAACUUGGUAGAAUUGAAUCAGCAGGUUAAAAAUUUCCUAGUUUUCAAUGUGGGUAAUUCUCUACCAACUCACACGAAAUCGGGAAAAGUUGCCCCGACCCCUCUUCGAUUUUCGUGAAACUUUGUCCUAAGGGGUAACUUUUGUCCCUGAUCACGAAUCCGAGGUCCGUUUUUUGAUAUCUCGUGACGGAGGGGCGGUACGACCCCUUCCAUUUUUGAACAUGCGAAAAAAGAGGUGUUUUUCAAUAAUUUGCAGCCUGAAACGGUGAUGAGAUAGAAAUUUGGUGUCAAAGGGACUUUUAUGUAAAAUUAGACGCCCGAUUUGAUGGCGUACUCAGAAUUCCGAAAAAACGUAUUUUUCAUCGAAAAAAAACACUAAAAAAGUUUUAAAAAUUCUCCCAUUUUCCGUUACUCGACUGUAAAAAAAUUUGGAACAUGUCAUUUUAUGGGAAAUUUAAUGUACUUUUCGAAUCUACAUUGACCCAGAAGGGUCAUUUUUUCAUUUAGAACAAAAUUUUUCAUUUUAAAAUUUCGUGUUUUUUCUAACUUUGCAGGGUUAUUUUUUAGAGUGUAACAAUGUUUUACAAAGUUGUAGAGCAGACAAUUACAAAAAUUUUGAUAUAUAGACAUAAGGGGUUUGCUUAUAAACAUCACGAGUUAUCGCGAUUUUACGAAAAAAAGUUUUAUAAAACGGACCUCGGAUUCGUGAUCAGGGACAAAAGUUACCCCUUAGGACAAAGUUUCACGCAAAUCGAAGAGGGGUCGGGGCAACUGCUGUGUGAGUUGGCGGAGAAUUACCCAUGUUCCUUUAACAGGAUAAUUUAUGAAAAAUUGCAUUAAAAUAUAUUACCAUGAUAAAAAAUAAUCUGUCAUAAUUAGGGAUUUUCAAGAAUAGAGUUCUAUUGAACACUCUCGGAGAAGGAAACUCGAAGAAGAUCGCGUCUAUCUUUUCUUUUGCGUGAAAUAUCGGUGAAAUUAAUGAGAAAAUGAGGAAGGAAUCAUUUAACCGUUGCAAUGUUUUCACACAAAAUGGUAAUUAAGCUUGGAUGUCUGUUAUCUGUGGGUUGAACAACUAAAAAUGCAAAAUAAGGCUUCAAUUGUUUUUAAGAAAAAUAAAAUAAUUAUUAUUGAAAUUAUAAACUUCAUUAUAUUUUACUGGCAAUUAUUUCAAUUUAAACAGAUGAACCCGGGCAGACGGUAAUAACAAAAUUCAUGCCAUUUCAAUAACAAAUACUGUUAAAAUAACAAAAAGUGUUAUGGAAUCUUCUUGAAAAACCAAUUUUUGCAUAAGGGUUUAAUAACAGUUUAUGUUAUCAUAUCAAAAUUAGUUAUUGGUCUGAUAUUAAUGGAAUGUCAAAAUAACUUUGGAAUAACAUUUUUUGUUAUGGAAGAAUACCUCCAACUGUUAUUGGGAUGAUCGGAUUAGUUGUUAAAAUAACAAAAAAUAAUAACAAAGAUUUGUUCGAAGAAUAACUAGAAAUGUGAUUAGUCUGUUAUUACAAUAACAAUCCAAUAACAAAAAAAUCAUAACGGCGAAUAACAAAACUUGUUAUAAAUAACAUAAAAUGUUAUUGGCCUAGUAUUUUCAAAUAACAAAAAAUGUUAUCCCCACGUUAUUUCCGUCUGCUCGGGAACUGAUUUGAAAUUAUGUUGAGUCAGACGAUUCACUUUAAUCUAAGAAUGCAUGAAUAAAAUGAUGAAUGUUGAGAGUAUGAUAACUUUUUUGAUACGCAUGAUUUACAAUUAAAAAAAAAUAAUUUGAAUACCUAUCAAGAAUAUGAAAACAAAAAUAUCCGAACUGAUGAUAGAUUUUGUUGGAAAUUUUGGGGAAACUCACAUUUCUUCCUAGUACUAUUCUACUGCGUGAAUAUUAUAAUUAAUUUAGACGCUUGUUUUUUUUUCAAUUACUUUUAGUUAGUAUCCUUUUAGUAAAUUUUUAAAUUUCUGAUAUCAUGAAAAUAUGUUUUUAAAACUUUGCCUUCAAACGAAAAUUUUAUUUUAUCAAAUCUAAAGAUAAACAACAACAUAAACUAUUUUUUAUUUAGUUACUAAGUGUACUGUAAAAUGAUCUUUUAUUUGAAGAUAAAGUUAUAGUGUUAGGUCACUUAAAAAAAGCAUAACUUUCAAUAAUGCAAGCUUGUUUACAUCUUAUAUUUAACAGUGAUGAAUGAGUGAGGAAUGCAUGUCAUACACAAAUAAUUUAAGGCAAAAAUAAAAUCUGCUGACGCAAAACAAUAACUAGACUUAAGAAACUUAAACUUAAUUUGAGGUGUUCUCACUCUCAAAGGCUGUGUUGACAAUAAUGAAUAAAAAAAACUCUAGCCUUUAAGAUGUUAUGCAAAUUUCUUUCCAUCUGUAAGCUGUUACGACUAUAAUAUACGUUGGAAAAGUCUCACUACUAAACGUAAUUUAAAUUAAAACUAUUUAAAUCGUUAAGAAAUCUGUUACGUUUGCUUUAAGCAGUUGAAAGUCUCAGUUACUCUUUUCUUCUAGGUUCAAUAGUUAUUACGCAACAAACAAUGGAAAAUUGCGAAUGUGACAAAUACAAUAAAACCAUAGCUGAUAAGAUGAUAGACAAUAAGAGAUAACUGAUAUCAAAAUAAUAAAACGAGGCAGCAAUCCAUAUUCUGGCUGCAUUCAUGUACAUAGUGGAAGCGUUCUGAAAUACAAAUUGUAUAGAUAACUUUAAGUAUUGAUCGAAUUGGUUGCACUGUAGAUACACACAUUGGUUUUGAAAAUUAAAUUGAUUGAUUUAGGUUUGUAGAUUACGCAUAUCUUAUUAGAGAAUUAUUAAACGGGUAAACGAAGCAAAUAUAUUAUUUUUCUUAAAAACUGGUUAAGUUGACGAUGUAUGAUGACCCCUAAACAAGAUCAAUUCAACUUUUAGUGAAAUUGUAGAUAACCUUAGUUAGCUAGUGAAAGAUAAGUUAUAUUAAAAGUUUCAAUUUUAAAGUCUACAGUGAUGUUAAUGAAGUAUAUUGUACAUUUCCAAACACAAAGUAUUAAAUAUUUUCGAAAGGAUCAACCAUCAAGACAAACAAAAGUUGUAUCCUCCCUUUCUAGUAGAUCAUCCUUCCCGACAAAAUUAAAAAAAUACAAAUAAAAUUGCAAACAACUUGAAAAAAUCUUAAACGAAUAAAUCUUUGGUGUAACCUUAAAAAAAUCAAUAAACCAAUAUAAACAACAAAAAGUGUUAUAAGUUCAUAAUGGUUCCACCGUUAAACGGUGCUUCUGUUUACAUUUCCUCUUAAGUGUUGUUGAAAUAAUAAGACAUAGAAAACGCAUAUAAAGAAAUCGAAUGUUCAGAAACUAUACCAAAAAAAAAACACACAUUCUGAAAGUGAAAAUAAAGGUGAGAAGGAGGAGUCAAACAGUAUUAAAAACAACGGACAAGAAUAUAAAGAAAAACAUUACACGAAACCAAAAUGUAGGUUAAUUGUUUUACAACUAGUUAUACUGAGUAGUCACUGGUUAAGUAUUCGGCGCAGAAAAUAUUUAGACAAAUCUCAAAAACUACGCUGCAAUAGUCUCCCGUGUAUAAACUGGCAGAUAGCAAACAUUAAAUCACACUUAAUUACGUUACCCAUAAUGUAUAAUCAUGUGCAACAAAUAAAAAAAAAGCUGUGUUUCUUCAUUGUGUUAACAUCAAAAUUAGCGAAUAAGAUAAGAUACAUGUACGAUGAAGAGAAAAAUAAUUAAAAUGUAUGCUGGUAAAAUAGUACUGAAUAAUGGCACACUGAACAGAAAAAAACAA